CGGCCCGUGAAGGCAGCAUUUGCCCACCAGCAGCAGCAGCCAUCCGCAUCAAACAGAUUUCAUUCACUGAGUGGCCGCUCCGUGGAGAACAACAGGCUACCUCCCUCUGUCCUGUGAUGCUGCACAGCUAUGGGACAAAGGAAACAAAAAACCCCUAUGAAUCAAGCUAUCUAACAAAGAGCCAUAAAAUCAACAUCCACAUGUGAUCCUAAAUUAGGGGAACAUUGUAAAAACAGCACCUUUUUUGUUACCUGUAUAUGUUUUUAUUUUAUUUUAUAAGCUAUUUAUUGUAAACCAUGCACUCCUUGUGAUAAUAUUCUACAGUGUUAAGUUGAUGUUCUUCUGUAUUGAGUCAAGAUAUCAUUAUUGGCCAGUGGGUUGUAAAAUAUAUUGGCGCUAACAUUGUGACAGAAGAGCUGCUGUAAAAAGCUAUGUGGAAUAAAACAUGCACAUAACCAGAGGGGUUCAGUCCGACCUGGUCCCACUGGCAGGGCAGUGUUUUCUCUAGCAGCAGCUCCACUGUGUCAUCAUGUUCCACUAGUUAUUGACUGACUCUUCAGCACAGCCAGGAGCCGAAGGAAGCCGCAUCUCCAGCUGCACCAUGACUUCAUCGGACAAUGAUGAAACAGGGAGUGACCUGUCCGAUUCUCUGGAGAUCCGUGAGCUCCAGGACCAGUACAUGGACCCAGAAACCUGCUUCAAAUCCAAAAGCUUGCCCAUUCUGAAUGGACCUUGCCCGCCGGAUCGAAAGGCUGCAGGGGCUCGACUGGUCAACACCACCCGCACCUGUGUGGCUGUGGAGGAGAGCAGCGAGCUCCAGCCCAAAACCCCAGACUCCAGCCAGGCUGAGACUCCCUCCUCCAGGACAGACUUCUCCCCGUCUGCCUCCAGCCUGGUGGGGCUCAGUAGCUCUUUACCUGUGGAGGGCCACAGGGCAGGUGGCACUGGGGGUAAAAAACUUGGUUUCUCUCUCACCCGCCUUAUACGCAUCCCAGCUAGGAAGUAUGUGCGGGUCAUCCUGAGGGACUCCCGCUGCUUCCUGUUCUGCAUGUGCUACCUGACCUUCAUUCAGUCCCUGAUGGUAUCGGGCUACCUGAGCAGUGUCAUCACCACCAUUGAGAAGCGUUACAGUCUGCGCAGCUCUGAGUCCGGCCUGCUGGUCAGCUGCUUUGACAUCGGCAGCUUGCUGGUAGUGGUCUUCAUCUCUUACUUUGGGGGCAGGGGUCAGAGGCCGCGGUGGCUGGCUGUGGGUGGUGUGGUCAUCGCUGUAGGGGCAGCAUUGUUUUCCCUGCCCCACUUCAUCUCACCACCCUACCAGAUCCAGGAGAUGAACUCAUCAACAGGCCGCGAAGGCCUCUGUCAGAGCGGCAACGGCAGCGGGCGUGAGCUCGAUGUGGCAUCCUGCCCUCGCGACCAGGAGGGCAACGAGCACAACCUGUAUGUGACUCUGUUCAUCUGCGCCCAGAUUCUUGUGGGCAUGGGGUCGACGCCAAUCUACACCCUGGGGCCCACCUACCUGGACGACAAUGUGAAGAAAGAAAAUGCAUCUCUCUACCUGGCCAUCAUGUAUGUGAUGGGAGCCCUGGGACCUGCAGCUGGAUACCUGCUGGGAGGCGUCCUCAUCGGCUUCUACGUCGACCCCAAAACCGCCGUCAACAUCGACCAGAGUGACCCCCGCUUUGUCGGCAACUGGUGGAGCGGCUUUCUCUUGUGUGCCAUAGCCAUGCUUCUCGUCAUCUUCCCCAUGUUCGCCUUCCCGAAAAAGCUGCCCCCACGCCACAAAAAGAGGAAGAAGAAAAAGAUAAGCUCGCCCGGCGACGUGUCCAGCGACGACGAGGUAAUGAAGGAAAAGUCCAGCAGCAAAGACCAGAAUGUCUCCUCCUCCAUGGGCUUUGGAAAGGACAUCAAAGACCUGCCCAAGGCCGCCCUGAGGAUCCUCAGCAACAUGACCUUCCUGUUCGUCAGCCUGUCCUACACGGCGGAGUGCGCCAUCGUCACCGCCUUCAUCACCUUCAUUCCCAAGUUUAUUGAGUCACAGUUUGGCAUCCCUGCCUCCAACGCAAGCAUAUACACUGGUGUGAUCAUCGUACCCAGUGCCGGGGUGGGCAUCGUACUGGGGGGCUACAUCAUCAAGAAGCUGAAGCUCGGAGCCAGAGAGUCAGCCAAGCUGGCCAUGAUCUGCAGCGGCGUGUCUCUGCUCUGCUUCUCCACACUCUUCAUAGUGGGCUGUGAGAGCAUUAAUUUAGGAGGCAUCAACAUACCUUACACCACCGGUCCGACCCUGACGAUGACCCACAGGAACCUGACGGGCAGUUGCAACGUGAACUGUGGCUGCAGGAUCCAUGAGUAUGCUCCAGUCUGCGGCUCUGACGGCAUUACAUAUUUCAACCCUUGUCUGGCUGGAUGCAGCACAGUGGGCAAUGAUAGCACUGGGAUUAGGAACUACACAGACUGCGGCUGUGUGCAGAGCAGACAGGUCAUCACUCCGUCCUCCGGUGGCCAGGUCAACCAGCUCCAGCUGGUCAUCGUUAAAACCUACCUGAACGAGAACGGCUACGCUGUGUCGGGGAAGUGCGACCGCACCUGCAACACCUUAAUCCCUUUCCUCAUAUUCCUCUUCAUCGUCACUCUCAUCACCGCCUGUGCCCAGCCCUCCGCCAUCAUCGUCACACUCAGGUCUGUUGAUGAACAGGAGAGGCCUUUUGCUCUUGGGAUGCAGUUUGUCUUGCUCCGAACUCUCGCCUACAUCCCCACGCCCAUCUACUUUGGUGCUGUGAUCGACACCACCUGCAUGCUGUGGCAGCAGGACUGCGGCGUGCACGGUUCCUGCUGGGAGUACGACGUCACCUCGUUCCGAUUCGUCUACUUCGGCCUGGCCGCCAGCCUCAAGUUUGUCGGCUUCAUCUUCAUCUUCCUCACCUGGUACUCGAUCAAGCACAAAGAGGACCGAGCCGAGCGCUGGCGCCAGCACCUGCCUCCGCUGGGCACCGUCAGCGAGCUGAUCUGCCACGCCGGAGGCCACAAAAGCCACGCACGCACCCGCUCCUGCCCGGUUUUCAUCCCGCCUCGGCCCGACCCGCCCGCCGCCCUGCUGCUCAACCGCGGACACAGCAGCCUCAGCUGCCCCGGCAACGCUCUCAAAGCAAUAACCCCGCCCAUCCUGCUGCCACAUCACCACAGAGGCUCCGCCCAUGUCUGAGAGAGCUCCAAGCCUCCCUCCGGGGUCCAUCGUGACACGUGCCUUCCUGUUUCUGUUUCCGCACCACACAGUGUCUGCUUUACACCAAUCAGACGCCAGGCGGGGCUCCACAGCUGCUGUAGGACUGACAGGCAGAGACACAGCUGCGCCCACCAUAUUUAAAGGGCUGCUCAUUGUUGUUUAUAAUAACAGGAGACUGACGGAUGUUGUUUUAUUCUGAGCAUAUCAUCAGCUGCAGCCACACACAGCAUCCACAGCGAAGGUCAGACCUCCACUCGAAGUUCCGGACGAUGUAAAGACAUCACAUGGUGCUACUGUUAAAGGGCAGGGCAUUAAAAUCUCUGUACAGACAGAUGAGUCAUCAUCAACAGCCUCUAAAGCACAACUGACAAACCUGUACUAUGCAAGAUCAAAUGUACAGCUCCCUCUGUAUUCUACAUCUAUACCUCUUUCUUCUUCUUUCCUGCUCAAUUCAUACAUGUUGUCGGCUCCCACUUUCCCCUUCCAGUCCGGGCUGUGAACAUAUCAGCAACCUCUUGUAUUUGAGCCAUUCCACCUGUUCUCCUGUCUGGAUCAUAACAAUUGACAAAAGUGGGAUUUUUUUUAAUCCUCUCCUCCUUUUUCGUAACAGUGCCUCUCAGGCUGUCUUGGCCAGUCCAGUAUACAAUGCUAGCUACCAGGGUGUAAAUGCUAGCUACCGAAAAAGCCAGUCACUGUCCUCUCAGUCAAGCGACAACAUUCUGCUUUGUUGCCCUCAGCUUGUGUGUUCGGGAACAGCCGUCACCGAGGCAGAGGAAGCUCCUCGCAUCUGCAAAGCGACCAUGUAGCUUAAAGUCGACGAGCACCAACGGUACAGUGUUUCACGACUUCCGUGAGAUCUGUAUUUCAUCACACUACUUUAUGAUUAAUGUGUAAUAAUUAAGCCACAUGGCAAACAGGAGAAAGGAAUAAGAAAGGUAUCUCAUCUCUGACCAUGUGCUGAAGCUACUGUAUGUCCAAAAAGAUGUGAUUGUACUUUAAAGGCGAUGGAGAUUUGAAAGAAUGUGGCGACACAUUUGAUUCACUUUUAAACAUCUUCAAAGUAAAAAUGAUUUGUAUCUAAUCUACUGCAAACAAUCAGCAACUAAUGAAAGGAAUGCAUCAUUUUGGCUUUGUAUUGUAAUGGCUUCUCCAUUCUAAAGGUCAUCAGAUGUACAUAGUAGUUAUCUCGUAGUCUAGGCUUUAAAGAAAGUAGUGCAGCAAGCAUGUGAAACAAUGAACCCCCUUUUAUCAGCCAGAGUGAUCACAUGUUGAUUAUUCAGUUCCUGGGUGUGUGGGGCCCUCUAGUGGACAGAGAGAUGAUUGUGUGAAGGCCAGUGAAUGUUGCUGUUUGUCAGACCUACUGUAUCAUUAAAUUCUUGGGUAAAAGGUUAAUUAUUAAAGUUAAUCACUGCACUGAAUUUAGCACUCCAGUUUCCCAAAGACACACCUUCCACAGGCCACGUGACUGGAUCAAAUUUAAACAUUUGGCCUGCUUGUUUGGUGGUGAAGUCUUAACAUUUGAUGCCAUGAUUUACAAGGACAGUUAAAUUUUCUUUUACUCGUGUUAUUUUCUUAAGUGUCUUAUGGAUUAAACUCUUUGAAAAUGAUUGGAAGAGGUGGUAAUAUGGCCUUUUCCAUGUUUAAAUAAAAAAAGGUUUGUUCUUGUUCUGAAAACCACAUUUUAUGACUUUUUGGUUAAAGUUAUGUAUUUUAUAUUAUCAGCACAACUUCAUUUUAGUCAAUACAUUUGCAGAGGAAUGGAGGAUAUAAUGCAGUGAAUACAUUUUAAAAGUUAACAUUUUUGGCCAAGAUCCGUGGUAAUCUGCCAGGUAAAGAUUAUCAAAUUGUAAUGGCAGUGACUAAUUUUAGUAUUAUCGUGACUUAGUACCUCAAAUUACAUAUUCAUAAGUGAUCAUCGUGUAAAUAUUGACAAAGCAAAUGAAGCGUAUUAUAGAGCUCACACAUAGGUAGAAGCAUAUUUAUGAACUAACCAAUGACAUUGUAGUUAAAAAGAUAAAAAAGACUUAAAGCUACAAAAAAAAAAAAACUUAAACGGUGGAUUUUUGUCACGGUGCCUGAACAGUAUUAUUUACAUGGGAAGGGCUGAAUUAAUCAUGUGGGGAGGGAGUUGGGUUGCAAUGUAUUUUUGUUUUCUGUGAAGUGAACAAUCAAGAUCAUUUAAAUGCAGAAGUAAUGCUACCCAGAAUGCCCUUCUUCCAUCUGUAAUGAUUCUCUACUCUCUCUAGGGCUCCUUAUUUAUCAUAGUCUCAAAAGGAUUAUUGAUCAGGUGUUUGUGACUGGAAAGCCAAACGUGAUCACCGCUGAGUCAUUUAAUAAAUAAAUAUUUUUUGCAUUCAAUUAACCUUAUAGCUGCUUAUGAAAAACUUCUGAUAAAAUACCAAAUCUGCUUGUUACUAUAUGUCUAAAUAGAUUAAAAUCCUCUUCUUAAAGAAGAGUAGAGAAUCAUACAAUUAUGCCACACAGAUCAUUAGACACAGUAAAUGCAGGGAUGUCUGCUUACUGAACUGUACUGUACACACACUACUUGUUAUUCAGAGUCCUGCUGUUCAAACGCCUGGACUACUACUGACUCAGACGACUUCAGGUUGACUGUAGAUUUGCUUUAACACGUUUUCCUUUCAUCAGUAUUUGAACCGAAAGUGAAUUUUCUGAACAGAACAGAAGCUGUAUUCUGAAAGUCGAGCUCUUAUCGCUUUUGUUCCUCAGGAGCAGAAGUCUAAUUGAUGUUUGUGAACAUUUGGUUUACAAAUGCCUUGAAUACUUGAUAUUUGUCAUUAAAAAAACACAAAAAAUCA